AGGACGCAGGUGAGUUAAUCCUGAACGCGAGGAUCUGCUGCGCUCAGGAAUUCAAGCACUAUUAACAUGACUUCCACGAAUCCGAAUGAGAUUGACUGGGAACGUCUCGACUGAGGAUGACGAAAAACGAGAGAGUCAAACUUAACACGAGCGAUUCGAGAGACAACCCACGGGACAAGAAGUCAGUGUUCUCAGCUGGUGAGUUCAUACCAUCUUCUCCUGGGACCUUAGGAUCAGAAUAACACUUUUGUGAAGGACGCCAAAAGGGACCAGAGUCAGACCUUCAAUUCACCACCCAAACACCAACAUUGACCUUCACAGAGUCCACGCUCAGUCAAAGACCCUUUGAAAUAAACCAGGAAACAAACAGCCAAGACCGCAGCAUAAUGCAAAAAAACAGAAACCUGAUCUGUUUUUUCAGAACCAGGACAAAUUUCUAAAACCAGCAAAAACGGAACAAAGCAAGAAUGAGGGGUUUGAUCAGGAAGAACAAAAGCGAGAUCAUGAGAAAAUCAUGAGUCAGAGACUUCAGGAAUCACAGUGUUAUGGUCAUGAUGGUGGGAUUCCAGCCUUGGUGAUAACCCAGACAGAAGAGGUCUCAUCAGACCUGGUGGAGUGCAUAUCGGAGAACAUGACGCCCACGAAAUCAAGUCGCACUGCCUGUCUUAGCGAUGGCACUGAACUCAACGGCAAUGACCUGCAGUUAUUAAAGAGUGAUACCAUAUCACUGAUCAGUGAAGAGGCCAUCUCAAGCAAAAGCAAUGAGGGACCAGAGGAAGAUGCACAGAGCGUCACAGCGUCUUCUGUUUUGUCACUGUUUCAUCGGAUACAGAUGGACCCGGUUGAGAGGGAGUGGUUAUGGUGUGCGGCUCUUGGAAACGCUUCGGCCCUGUAUGUGCUCCUGGAGCAAGACCCCACACUUGUCUCCAAAAAGACGGCACUCCACUGGGCAGCCAAGCAGGGCCGUGUGGAGAUCGCGGACAUGAUGGCGGGCUCCGGAGCAGACGUCAACCAGAGAGCGGGAUACACAGCGCUCCACCUGGCCUCUUUACAUGGACAUGACCAAAUCAUCCGACAUCUGAUUAAUAACUACAAUGCCAAAGUGAAUAUCAGAGACUAUCAUGGGAAGAUUGCAGCUCAUUACUGGAACGGCAGCAUGGAUAUUUUUAACAAGCUCACAUCUCACUCUGCUGGCAGAUGGUCAAGGGGGAGGCGGACCCAGUGCUAUGCACAGCUGUCUACCCUGCUGUCUUACUCUCAGACACAUGGGAAAAUCAAUGUGGAGGUCCGCGCCGGUCCACUAGAACCCGCUACACUGAACCGAUCACCCUCCUCCUGAUACCAACACUGAACACUAAUGCUGCACUCAUGUCAGAAACCUGGUCUCAUUGAAUCCCGUUACUGUACCUAAAUAUUUGCUAAAUUAAUUUUACGUGGGUCGUUGUGGUGGCAGAUCAGUUUUGUUGAUUUAAAACUUGAUAGAUCUGUUUGGGAGAACAUUUAAAUUGCUUUUAGUGCAAUAAACUACACACAGUGGAUAUAUCAACUCAGGACUGCCUCGAGAAAUGUUUGUAGUAUUUUUGUUGUUCUAUAAAGUACUUGCUGUGUUUGAUAAUAUGUCACUAAGACAUCAUACCGAUUAGCAGUUUUGUAACAAGCAAGAGAUGAAGCAAUACCAUUUUUGACAAUCGUUCCAUAACUUGUUGUUGUUUUAUAUAGAAAAGUUGUUCCGGCUUCAACAUCAACGUCAAACUAAUUUCUUUCAUAUGGAUUGAGUCCCUUUACAAAGAAAACUGAAAUCUCUUUCAUUCUGACCAAAAUCACAAUCUCAUUAUAAUUAUGACUUCUUAACUUGUAUGUAUUUACAAGUUUAAUAUUUACACUAUAUAUACUUUUCAAGAUCAGGUACAACAUUUUAAGAAAAUAUCUUAGCAUAAAUUAUAAGCUUGUAAGAAUGUAUUUUGAUAUAAACAUUGAUGGUUUAAAGGGAUAAUUCACCCACAAUGUAAAUUCUCUCAUCAUUUCUCACCCUCAUGU